UUGUGGUACGGGAGGCAUGAGCGCGCGAGUUCGAGCUUGAUUGCGGCAAUAGAUGCAUUCGAAGGGCAACCAGUAAGACAGCGACAUGAGCACCACGGACGUAACGUCAGGUAUCCCAAGCCCGCAGGUCGGCGAUGGAGAAGCACAGCAGACUCCUUCCGAACCAUCCUUAGCAUCUGAGGAGCCCAUCACGCGGCAGGUGCCUCAGCCUGAAGAGGAACUGUGCCGCUUCUGCGCCAUGGGAGACCAGCAUGAGGUCCUCAUCACGCCCUGCAACUGCGAAGGAAUCAUUUCUCAGUCCCACCAGUCGUGCUUGGAGAAGCGCAUAAUGCAGAAUGGGCUGAGAAGUUGUUCCCUCUGCAACUUCAAAUACAAGUAUAGGAUCAAAAUGAAGUCGCUCCAUCACUGGUUCCAAGGCGAAGAGCAUAGGAACGAAGUGUUCCAGCUGUCCAUGAUGAUGGCACAAUACACGUGCGACCUCACCAUCAUUGUCUUGGCAGCUAUGAAGGGGGUCCAUUUCUUGCUCCAAGCUCCUUUCGUGGCUGCCUUCAUAUCUGCUUUCGUCUGCACCGUUAGCAUCAUCUUCUGGUUUACCUAUCUCAUCAACGAUGUAUGGAAAUAUUCCCGCCCGCUGCGGAAGUGGAUGUCGCAGAAUACUGUGGUGGUACUGCGGGUACCGAAGCGUCCCAGCAGUAAUCCGGACGAGGCCUGCGAUUCUACCGUGGAGCUCGGCGUGCGGGACUAGACGCUACUUUUGCAACAGAUUUUGACGAUAAAUACGUUCUUUUGCGUACUG